AUGACCUGGAUUCGAAGAUGGGUCGUCACCCUCGCUUGCUCCUUUGUUUUCCUAUUCAUUCUCCUUGACGUAAAUCAGCUCUCAACAGGCCUCGGUUCGUCCUCCUUCCUGCCCCCAACCGCGACUCGAAAACAGCAAGUUAUCCGCGAUUGGUACAAACGGCAUGUCAUAAAACACCCUGUGACGUCUAUGGUGCCUCUUCCAACAUCCAAACCCGUGUCGAUUCCAAAAAUUCAAUUCCAGUUUGGAUCCGAGGAUCCAGAGUCCAAGACGAUUAGAGAAGCUCGCCGGGAUGCAGUAAUACAGGCCUUCCUCCACUCGUGGAAGGGAUAUAAGAAAUAUGCAUGGUUGAAGGAUGAGCUUUCACCCGUCGAUGGUGGAGGGAGAAAUCCUUAUGGUGGAUGGGGCGCAACUCUGGUUGAUACUCUGGAUACGUUGUGGCUCAUGGGUUUAGAGAAGGAGUUUAAGGAAGCUGUCUCGGCUGUUAAGCACAUCGACUUCUCAUCCAGCGACACAUCGUUGCUGAAUGUUUUUGAAACAAAUAUUCGGUAUCUAGGGGGAUUUUUAGCAGCCCACGAUCUCACAAAGGGGGCUUAUCCGAUCCUAUUGCAAAAAGCUGUGGAAGUAGGUGAUCUACUUUAUGUGGCAUUCGAUACCCCGAACCGAAUGCCCGUCCUCCGCUGGUACUGGCCUGGAGCGAGGGACGGUGAUUACCAGGAAGCAAGCAGGUUGACUGUUCUUGCUGAACUCGGAUCAUUAUCGCUGGAAUUCACGCGAUUAUCGCAGAUUACUGGGGACCCCAAGUACUAUGAUGCUAUCCAACGGAUCACUACUAUUCUUCAGGAACACCAGUUUAGCACAAAGGUCCCUGGACUAUGGCCGGUAUCAGUCGACGCAAGAACUCCCUCGUUUGAGAGGGAUCGUAGGUUUUCUUUUGGCGCCAUGGCAGAUUCUCUAUACGAGUACCUACCGAAAGUACGAAGAUACUACAGAUACAAAUUGGAAUAUCUCUUACUCGGUGGCCGAAACCAGCAGUACAAAGAUAUGUACGAAAAGGCCCUCGAAGUGGCGAAGAAACAUAUUUUCUUCCGGCCCAUGACCAAAGACAGUGACGAUAUCCUGAUCUCCGGAACUGCAUUUAUUGCAGGGACAACGAGGGUCACACUCAGGCCGCAAGGCCAACACCUCACUUGCUUUGUAGGGGGCAUGGUUGCCCUUGCUGCUAAGGUAUUCAGCCGCCCUGAGGAGCUGGAUAUCGCCAGAAAACUCACGGAAGGUUGUAUCUGGGCAUACAAAGCCACUCCCAGCGGGGUAAUGCCGGAGACGUUCGAGGUAGUUCCCUGCGAAGACUCGAGGGAUUGCAAGUGGAGACCGGAGUCCUGGUUCAUUGGUGAAAUCCAUGAAGGGGCUUCAGACAGCGACUAUGAGCGCAUGGGCCGGGAGCAGGGUAAGGUUGCUGGCUUUUCCGCAAUCAUCCAUGGCGGAUAUUCGCUAAGGCCUGAGGCCAUCGAAUCCGUCUUCAUCCUCUACCGCAUCACCGGCGACAAAACCCUCCAAGACAAAGGUUGGGAAAUGUUCUUCGCCAUCGAGCAGCAUGCGAAAACAGAGUUCGCCUACGGGGGCCUGGAUGAUGUCGCGUCACCGAAUCCGACGAUUACGAAUAGAAUGGAAUCGUUCUGGACCGGGGAGACACUGAAGUAUUUUUAUCUUCUGUUUAGCGAGCCGGAUCUCGCAAGCUUGGAUAAGUAUGUUUUUAAUACGGAGGCGCAUCCUUUGCUGAUGGGGUGGUGA